UAACAACAGUCAAACAGUUACUUACACGCACUUAUUUUUUAGCUUUAGUACUGUUGUGUCAAAUAUUUUGUUUUACUUAUAGAUAAACAAUCUCUUCUAUAUUAGAAAAUAUGGUGAGAAGAAAAGUAUCGAUACCGUCAGAAAGUAUCGGAACAAAAUAAUCAAUUCCAAAAGUACUGAGUCUCAAAACAAAAGUAUCAAUACUUCUUGCCUAUCACUAUUGGUACCACCAGCUGAUUCGAAAACUAACACAUAUUCUUUAAUUUAAUACUUAAAUAAGACAAUAAUAUCCAGCAAUUUCUAUCUCUCUAAGAUAUCUUAAGAAUUAAAGGAAUAAAGUAUUCUCUUAUAAAAAGUAUACAUAUACUAUUUCUAAGCAUACGUAUGCUGUAUAAAAGUGUGCCCUAUAAAUGUUUAGUCAAUUUCAUAAAAAUAUGUACAGGGGACCUGCAAUAAAAAACAAAUUAUGAUGUUAAAAUUGCAAUUCAUUCAAAAUAAACAAUUAAAAAGACUUUUGGAACAUGGUACAUAUCUUACCAUAAUAUUUGUGUUAGUACCAGCUUUUGUGUAUUUUGAAUUGGUUGUAGUUCUCCCUGCAACAGUAGAAGAAUGGAGUAUCCCAUAUUUUGUACAUUUAGCAUGUGCAACAUUUCUUCUAAUGAAUAUAUUAGGAAAUAUGAUUUAUGGAAUGUUUACUGAUACAAGUAUAAAAGGGACAGUUCUGGAUUCUGAAAACAAAGAGAAUUGGACACUGUGUGCUGUUUGUGAGUGUCUUAGGCCUCCUCGAGCCUGGCAUUGCAAUACUUGUGAUAUAUGUAUACUGAAAAGAGACCACCAUUGCACCUUCUUUGCCUGCUGUGUAGGUUACUAUAAUCAUAGAUAUUUUAUGUGUUUUACAUUUUAUAUAUUUGUUGCAAUGGUGUAUGCAUUUUAUUACAAUGUUAAAUUUUUAGCCAUAUACUUAAAAUGGAAUAAUGGCUUGGUUAUUGGUAAAUUCCUCUUUCCUUUGGCCUGUUUUGUAAUAGAUUUUGGUGACGAGACUGUUUAUGUGUUUCUUGUUGAAAUCAAUUUUAUAGUUGCCAUGUUUACUGGAUUUCUCUUCUUUUAUCAUUUUAAUAAUCUUUUAAAGGGAAAAGUUACACCCGAAAUUAAACACAAUUCUAAAGAAGUAACUUACAAUAGAGGCCUUAAACAGAAUGUAAUAGAAGUAUUUGGGUCAAGGUGGUAUUUGGUAUGGUUGUCGCCUUAUUUUAAAAGCCCAUUGCCCGGUAAUGGUAUUGAAUGGAAUGGUGAAGAUAAGUGUAAAUAGUUAAAAUAAUAUGAUGUAAUUUUUUUUUUGUUUUACAUGAAAGCAAUGUACUUAAUAAAUUCUAUUUAAUCAUUAAGUCUUAAAGUAAUCUCACAGAUUAAGCUAUACAUACAAAGUUAAUAUGGUUUUGUUUUAAAACCAAUAUAUUUUAUUAAAGUUAUAAAUAAGUCACUGCCAAACAAAAAAAUUAAAUGUCAUAUUUUAAU